AUGGGAAGCCUUUGCCUGGUUUUGGUGGUCUUCCAACUUUCAUGGACUUUGUCUUCCUCUGUUCCUCCGCCAUCCUCUCAUUUAUGUCUCCCAUACCAAAGAGAUGCUUUGCUCCAUUUUAAAACCACCAUUUCUGUUGAUUGUGAUUUUUCUGGAGAUCCUUACCCCAAGGUUGACAUAGAGUCAUGGAACAAAAGAAUUGAUUGUUGUUCAUGGGAGGGAGUGAAAUGCGACCACGUGACUGGUAAUGUAAUAGGCAUCGAUCUUAGUCACAGUUGCCUUGAUGGUUCUCUCUUUGCAAACAACAGCCUCCUUCAACUUCACCACCUCCAACGGCUUGACUUGAGCUCCAACAACCUCAGAGGCUCUCUUCUUGAGAACACUAGCAGCUUGUUUCACUUUCAUGGACUCCGACGACUCAACCUUGCUGAUAAUGGUUUCAGUGGCACCAUCUCAUCAAAGUUAUUUAGCCAGUUGGUAAGUUUAAACCAUCUUAAUCUUUCUGGUAAUGACUUCUCUGGCUUAAUCUCGUAUCAAAUCAGUGUCUUGUCAAGUUUGGUUUCACUUGAUCUCUCUGGUGAUGUUGAAUCAUUUUUGAGAUUUGAUAGCCAAGGUUUUGACAUGCUUGCAAGAAACUUGACCAAAUUAAGAAACCUUGUGCUUGACACUGUAGAUAUGUCUGAUGUUGCACUUACUUCCUUUCUAAACUUGUCUUCAUCAUUUGAACAUUUGAGUCUCAGUGGGUGUAAAUUACAUGGGGAAUUCCCAACUCAAGUCUUUCAGCUUCCAAAUAUCAAAGUUUUAGAUUUAAGUGAGAAUGAGAAUCUCAGUGGUUAUCUCCCUAACACAAACAUGAGGAGUGGCCUUAAGUUGUUGGACCUUUCCCAUUGUUCUUUUAGGGGGUCAAUUCCAGCAUCAUUUGGAAAUCUCACUCAAAUCGUUUCCCUUGAUUUACAAGGAAAUUUGCUUGAAGGACAGAUUCCAGAUGUUUUUGGAAACCUUAGAAAAUUAACUUCUUUGAGCUUUUCUUUAUGCAAAUUGAGUGGUCCACUUCCAAUAACUAUCUUCAACCUUUCAAAAAUUACCCAUUUGGAUUUGUCAAAUAAUCACUUCGAAGGUCCCUUGCCAAAUCAUGUUAGUGAGCUUCAAUUGCUAGAGGAACUUUGGUUACUUAAUAACUCUAUAAGUGGUGGAGUACCAUCUUGGCUGUUUACUCUGCCAUCUCUUCAAUUCUUGGACGUCAGUCAUAACAAACUAGUUGGUCCGAUUGAUCGAAUUCAGAAGCCUAGUUCCAUCCAAGAUGUUGAUUUGAGUUAUAAUAAUUUGAGUGGUCCAAUACCAGCUUCCAUUUUUUAUCUUGCGAACCUUACUUUACUUGAUUUGUCAUCAAACAACUUGAGUGGUGUCAUCAAGUCAGAUAUGCUUUCAGAACUCAAGAGUCUUGAAGUUCUUGAUGUUUCGAGUAAUAGUUUAUUAUCAUUAAGCACAAGCGGCAAUGAUGUGAACUAUUCUUUCCCCCAGCUUAGCACUGUGAGAUUCUCUGGUUGUCGCGCAAGGCAGUUCCCGAAUUUCUUUCGAUCAUCGAAGUUGGAGAUUUUAGAUCUUUCAAAUAACAUGAUUUCUGGUGGAAUUUCCAAAUGGGAAGCUGAAGGGUGGGAAGGAUUGCGAUUGUUGGACCUUUCUCAUAACUUUUUGACUGCUUUGGAGCAAUUUCCGGGAAACAAUUUGGAAUAUCUCAACCUUCAUUCCAACUUGCUUCAAGGACCGAUUCUCUCAUCUUGCUUGAGUCCUCAAAUUCCAAUUUCAGAGAACUUGUUCGGGAUCAUCAUUUCAAAGAAUAAAUUGACAGGAAACAUCCCUUCUUCUAUUUGCAAUUUGAGUCUGCUUCGUGUUCUGGACUUGUCUGAAAACAUCUUGAGUGGAACUAUUCCUGAUUGUCUUGGAAAUUUCAGCUAUCUCCAGCUCUUGGAUUUGCAACUGAACAACUUCAUUGGCAAGAUCCCUAAUUCUUUUGUGAAUAACAGUGAGUUGAGCCAUCUUUUACUCAAUGACAAUCAAUUGGAAGGAUUAGUACCACCAUCGUUGGCUAAUUGUACUUCAUUGAAACUUUUAAAUUUAGGAAACAACAAGUUAAUGGAUAGAUUUCCCCCUUGGUUAGCUUUGCUUCCAAGAUUACAAGUUCUUGUCUUGAGAUUUAAUAGAUUUUAUGGAUCAUUGCCUCAUUCCAUAGCUUCAUCUAACUUCUUUGCAUUACGAAUAAUUGAUCUCUCUGGAAAUGAGUUCACGGGCACAUUGUCCACGAAACUCUUUCAAAAUUUGAGAGCAAUGAAAGAUAAACAUAACCAGUGGCUAUACUCCUCAAAUUUCGAAUAUGACGAUGAGUAUUAUGAAAUUCCUGUGAAUGUAACAACGAAAAGGUUGGAGCUUCAAUUGACGAAGGCUGUGGCCUUUUUUGUAUCUAUGGACUUGUCAAACAACCAGUUCUGUGGAAAAAUUCCUGAAGACGUCGGGCAACUUAUUUCCCUACAAAUGCUCAACUUCUCUCAUAACAACUUCACUGGUCCUAUCCCAACAUCUUUUGGAAAUUUGGUAGCACUUGAAUCACUAGAUCUUUCAUCAAAUAAGCUUGGCGGUAGGAUUCCUUCUGAAAUGACAAAUCUGACAUUUCUUGAAGUGUUGAAUCUUUCGGGAAACAAUCUCGUUGGACCAAUUCCUCAUGGGAAUCAAUUUGAUACCUUUGAUAAUGAUUCCUAUAGCGGUAACUUGGGGUUGUGUGGAUUACCACUGUCCAAGGAAUGCAUCAACCGUGGGAGGUCCAAACCGCCUUCUCCAUUGUGGAGUGGUGUUAGGCUUGAGCCUGGGUUACAUUGUAUUCACAACCGGAAGACCAUGGUGGUUUGUUAA